AUGACAGACGUCGAUCCUAGGCUCCUCCCCAAUCGGGUGCGAUGGGCUGCCCUCUUUGCCGUCAACCUGUUCGUCUUCAUGGGCAACAUGUAUUCGUCCGGCCUUGCAACAGGCUUUGGCUCUCUAGCAGAAUACUUCCACAUCGGUGAUUCGAUGCUAUCAGGCUUAGUCACUUAUUCAGUGCUGUCCAUGGGACUGGCAAAUCUAUUCUGGAUGCCUCUUGCCCUCUGCUUUGGCAAGCGGCCCAUUGUUCUCAUCGCUAUGGCGAUGUUCCUGGGCGGAUGUAUUUGGAGUGCGGUCGCAAAGGACUACAACAGCCUGCUUGGCUCUCGAGUCUUUGCCAGCUUUGGUUAUGGUGCGAUCGAGUCCCUUGGACCCAGCAUUCUCUCAGACCUGUUCUUUGAACGCAACUACGCUAGCGCGAUGGCCCUCUAUGCCGCAGCAUUAUCUGGAGGAUCACAGAUUGGCCCUAUGAUUGCUGGUUUCCUCAUCGAGUCCAAGGGAUGGCGUUGGUUUUUCAUCCUCUGCUCCAUCCUCGCCGCCUUCAACUUUGUCACUGCCAUCUUCUUCCUCCCAGAGACUACCUAUGAGUCUGAAGAGGAGCUUGAGCAGUUUGAGGAUGUCGAGAAGGACUCCCACAGCCAUGUCGAGGCUGUCCGUGUUCAAUCCCAAGGUGGCGACCGUCUCAAGAUGGAUUACGGAGCCCACUGGAAGGGACUGUUCACCUUCGGCAUCACCAAAGAGGCAAAGGAGAAGGGAGUCAUCAAGCACUUGGCCUAUCUCUUCUUGCUGCCCUUCCCCCUCUUGCUGGUUCCCGGUGUGUUGAUCGCAUCGCUCAUGUAUGGAGUUGUUCUUGGAGGAGUUGUCGCCGUUUCUACCCUCUCCCCCGAAAUAUUCUCCCCACCACCCUACCUCUUCACCGCCGGCGGUCUCGGUCUUUUCUCUCUCAGCGGUUUCAUCGGUAUUGUCGUUGCCUGGCCCAUCGCCGGACCCAUGACCGAUCUUCUCUCUCGCUGGAUGCGCAAGCGCAACAACAACGUUCACCAGCCUGAGCACCGUCUGCCUGCACUGAUCCUCCCCUUCCUGAUCUGCCCUGUUGGCCUUGUUGUCUUCGGAUACACCGUUGCACACCAACAAAACUACAUCCGCCCGGCUGUCGGAGCUGCCAUCAGUGCCGCUGCACUGACCCUGGUUCCCUCUGUCAUGCUCUCAUACGUCGUGGACGCUUACCCAAGAACGGCCGGUGAAGCCCUUGUCUUGGUCAACACAUCAAAGAAUGUUGUUGCCUUUGGACUGGCUACCGGUGCGUACUCUUGGAUGGAGUCCAAGGGUGUGGAUACCAUGUUCUAUGAAUUUGCUGGAGUCCAGUGGAUAGUACUGGCUCUGGGCUUGCCUCUCUACUUGGCUGGUCCGUGGCUACGGGCUCGGACCCAGAACCUGUUUUAG